AUGCUCUGUAGACCCGACACGCAGCACCGGGGCCCUGCAGCUCAGUCAGAGAGUGAUCUUCCAGAGCAAGAGGAAGAAAUCCUGGGCUCGGAUGAUGAUGAACAGGAGGAUCCAAAUGAUUACUGUAAAGGUGGUUAUCAUCUUGUAAAAAUAGGAGAUCUCUUUAAUGGACGCUACCAUGUGAUUCGGAAGCUGGGAUGGGGCCACUUCUCCACUGUGUGGCUGGCUUGGGACAUCCAAGGGAGAAGAUUUGUGGCCAUGAAGGUGGUGAAGAGUGCAGAGCACUACACAGAAACAGCACUGGAUGAAAUCAAGUUGCUGAAAUCGGUCCGCAACAGCGAUCCAAAUGAUCCAAGUAAAGAGAGGGUCGUGCAGUUAUUGGAUGACUUCAAGAUUUCAGGAGUUAAUGGUUCCCAUAUCUGUAUGGUGUUUGAAGUUCUAGGGCAUCAUCUCCUGAAGUGGAUCAUCAAAUCAAACUAUCAGGGGCUUCCACUCCCUUGUGUCAAAAAGAUCAUCAAACAAGUUCUUCAGGGUCUGGAUUACUUGCACACAAAGUGUCGAAUCAUUCACACAGACAUUAAACCUGAGAACAUUCUCCUGUGUGUCAAUGACCAGUAUAUCCGCAGGCUGGCUGCAGAAGCAACAGAGUGGCAGAGAUCUGGGGCUCCCCCACCAUCUGGCUCUGCAGUGAGCACUGCACCACAGCCAAAACCAGCUGACAAAAUGUCAAAGAAUAAGAAAAAGAAGUUGAAAAAGAAACAGAAACGACAGGCUGAGUUAUUAGAGAAGCGAAUGCAAGAGAUAGAGGAAAUGGAGAAGGAAGCAAGCCCUGGGCAGACACAGCCUGAAGAGGAGGAAGAAACUCAGAGCCCUCUGGAAAUGAUCUUAAAAGUUAGUCCACCAGAGGAAAAUGUCAGCAAAAAGACAGCUGAAGCUGUACAAGACCAAUCUAUUCUGAUGGAAAGCAGCGUGGACAAGUGUGUGACAGAAAUCAACUGCAACGGCGUGAUCCCCAUGUCGGACUUGCCAGACUCCAGCAAUCAGGGCUCAGUGCGACUGGAGGACGACCUGCACAAUGCCAAUGACUGUGGGGAUCACCCUCCCACGCAGGAGGAGGAGAACUUCCAUCGUUGUAACUACAGCCAGCAGAAUGGUGACCUGCAGAACAGGCCUCAAGAAGCAAUGUCGGACUCGUUGGUGCCCUUGGCUUCGGAAGACUCCAUGGUGUGUCAGCCCACGGCCAACGAGGAGAGACCCUUCAGUGAGCAGAUCAACCAUCUGCAGGAGAGCAUCAGGACAGAGAUACCUUCAGAGGAUGAGAAUGAGAAUAACAGCCCCACAGACAACAAAGGAAAAUCAGCUGCUGGGAAUUUCCUUCUUAAUCCUCUUGAGCCCAAGAAUGCAGAUAAGCUCAAAGUGAAGAUAGCUGACCUAGGAAAUGCCUGCUGGGUGCACAAGCACUUCACUGAAGACAUCCAGACGAGGCAGUACAGAUCCUUGGAGGUGUUGAUAGGGUCAGGGUACAACACCCCUGCUGACAUCUGGAGCACAGCAUGUAUGGCCUUUGAGUUAGCAACAGGAGACUAUCUGUUUGAGCCUCAUUCUGGGGAGGAUUACUCAAGGGAUGAAGAUCACAUUGCAUUGAUCAUUGAACUUCUGGGGAAGAUACCUCGCAAGCUCAUUUUGGCAGGAAAAUAUUCCAAGGAGUUUUUCACCAAAAAAGGUGAUCUGAAGCACAUCACCAAACUGAAGCCCUGGGGUCUUUUUGAAGUUUUGGUGGAGAAAUACGAGUGGUCCCAAGAUGAGGCAGCUGCAUUCACAGACUUCUUAUUACCUAUGUUGGAGCUGAUCCCAGAGAAACGAGCUACAGCAGCAGAGUGUCUCAGGCACCCCUGGCUUAACUCCUAGAGGCUUCCACCCAAGGCUGCAGCACUACACUCUGGUUUACAGCAUAGUGCACCCAGCUGCCCCUUCCCACAUCCGUUGGUUUUCUUUCCCCUUGUCUGUUUUCUCUGUGAAGUUCUUCCUUCAAGGCUUCCAAGAUUUUUUUUUUAGAUCUAACCUGUUCUGCUGUGUUUGCUUGUGUGACUCAAUGGGGACUCCUC